AAAUUUUGCAAUGUGUGCAAAGCUUAAAAGAAUAUAAAACAUAAUUACAUUUCGAAUAUAAAAGUGAGAAGAAAAGAUACAUUUGAGAAGAAAAUGGCUAAAAACAUACGCUUGCAGAAGAUUUGGAGUCAACGUAAAGUAGCCGCUGUAAUUCUACUUUUAGGGAUACUAUCGAUCAUGCUUCCAAACUUGUGGACAGUUUGGAAAGAACCAAGAGCGUUCUACAAGAUCUCUAGAUUUGAAGACAAUAACAAAGAGGUUGAACAGGAUAUAGCACUGGUAUGUGUAGCAUGUAACCUUCAAAAUGGAAAUACUUCUGAAACCAUCCCAUUUUUCAAAAUUUCCUCAAUUCGUUUUGUAGAACUGCAUCACAGGGGUACAAUUAUACAAUAUUCAUCCCAAAACAAAGGGGAACUAAAGAUGAAGUCAUUAUGAAUAUCUUUCGCUCUGAUUUUGAAAAGUGUUCAAAAUUGUUUAAUGUAGAAUUGCGAAUCGUCCCAAAUAUUGAUUACCAAGUCAACACAGGUAGGAGUCUUAAUGAUAUAAUGUACGUAGCGUAUUUAUCAGGAGCAUCGUUCAUUUAUAAAGUAUCUGAUAAUUCAACAUUUUUGUC